AUGACUAUGCACCCUAAGAAUGAGGCCUUGAUGUGCAAGGUGUUUCCCUCUAGUUUAGGACUCGUGGCCAUGAGGUGGUUUGAUGGCUUAAGAGCAAGCUCUAUUGAUUCCUUUAAGGAACUCACUCAGGCGUUUGGAUCUUACUUUAUUACGUGUAGUAGGGUUCCUCGGCCUUUAUAUUUCUUGUUGUCUUUGUCCAUGAGAGAAGGGGAGACCCUGAAAACGUAUUCAGCUAGAUACUGGGAAAUGUUUAAUGAGAUAGAUGGGGACUUUGACGACGUAACUAUUAAGACUUUCAAGGUCGGCUUGCCUGCCGAGCAUGGCUUGAGAAAGUCUUUGACCGAGAAGCCUGCUACCAGUGUUCGCCAGCUCAUGGAUUGGAUAGAUAAGUAUAAGCGGGUCAAGGAGGACCAACAACAAGGCAAAGGGAAGAGUAAGGUUAUCCCUCAGGAGAGGAGGGAUUUUAGGUCAGACCACUCCAACAAUAACAGACCCCGAAGGGAUUUUGUUGGGCAAUCUAGACCUAUGGCUCCUCAGAUGAUUAAUACGGUGUUCUGA